GUUUCCUUCUCCUCAUCUCUUCUAUAAAUACCCUUGUUCUCAUCUCCACUUAGCACAGAAUUAGAGCGAAAGAAAGAUAAGUAGAUAUACCAGAGAAUCUAUAUUGGCCGGCAUGGCAGCCAUUGUUGCACUUCUGUGCACACUCUUCGUCUUCUCAGUUUCUUCUCCUGGGGAUGCCCUCAGCUUAGACUACUACGACAAAACAUGUCCACAAGCUGAGUCAACCAUCACCAAUGUUGUGAAGAAGGCGAUGACGAAUGAUAAUACAGUGCCGGCAGCACUACUUCGGAUGCAUUUCCAUGAUUGCUUCAUAAGGGGUUGCGAUGGCUCGGUGCUGUUGAAAUCUGUAGGAAACAACCAAGCUGAAAAGGAUGGCCCUCCUAACAUUUCCUUGCAUGCAUUUUAUGUCAUUGACAAUGCAAAGAAAGCAAUAGAGUCGGUGUGCCCCGGUGUCGUCUCCUGUGCAGAUAUCUUGGCUCUAGCUGCAAGAGAUGCAGUUGCUCUAUCUGGAGGUCCUACUUGGGAAGUGCCCAAAGGAAGAAAAGAUGGAAGAGUUUCAAAAGCCAGUGAAACCAGACAAUUGCCAGCUCCCACCUUCAACAUAUCUCAAUUGCAGCAAAGCUUCUCUCAGAGAGGUUUAUCCAUGGCAGACCUGGUCGCUCUUUCAGGAGGUCACACCCUUGGAUUCGCUCAUUGUUCAUCCUUCCAGAACAGAAUCCACAACUUCAGCCCCAAUAGUGAUAUAGAUCCUUCGAUGAACCAGGCCUUCGCGACGAGUCUGAGAAUUGUCUGUCCCGCACACAACAAGGUAAAGAAUGCUGGUUCUACCAUGGAUUCUAGUGUCACCACAUUCGACAACACAUAUUACAAGCUACUCCUCCAGGGGAAGAGUCUAUUCUCUUCGGACCAAGCUUUGCUCACUACCUCAAAAACCAAAUCGCUUGUGUCCAAGUUUGCUAGCUCCCAGGCGGACUUCAAUAAGGCUUUUGUCAAGUCUAUGAUCAAGAUGAGUAGCCUCGCUGGUGGACAAGAGGUUAGGUUGGAUUGCAGAGUGGUUAAUUAGGUGAAGCCUAUAUUAUAUAUAUGAUUUUUUUUAAUAAGUAAAUUUAAGAGUAUGUCAAUGGAGCAACCUCUGAAAGUGGUUGCUUCUGUUUUUCUUAUUUAUUUUGGCAAGUGAAGAAAUAAGUAGAUCUGCGUGUUUGCUUUUGAGAUCAUCAUAGAUGCUGUAGCAACAAAGCUCAAGCAUGUUAAUUGAAGGCUUGGUUUUAGUUUUCAUC